CCGCGAACGAGUGAGACGCGCUCGUCCGUUGUUUCUUCCUUGGGACACUGAGAAAUAAUUCUCAAGAGGUUAAUUGUGAUGAAAAUCGAUUGAACGAAAUUCGAACGAACGAUACGCGCGCGAUCACCGGAAGGACCGAUAAGAAUGGCAGCUGGUAUCCCGAGUGAUUUCGACCUCGGCGAUCGGGACGUUGGUAACCGAGCAGUCGCUCGACAUCCGAACCACGGCGACGUUUCGGUCGUUGCUCUCAGCGCUCCGGGAACAAAGCUCGCGGAUCUUGGUCAAUUUCCGGAACAAACGGAGGCCGCGGUUACUGAAAAAUUCCAUAAAUCCUCGUGCAUCAAACGCCAUUUCAUGUUCAUCAGAAAAUAUAAAUCACUCCGUCAUACAGGAAAGAAUCGAGUUAAGGAAAAUCAUUGUCAGCUCACCGGAUCCCCAAAAAGGAUUGAUCCACGACCAAGUUCAGGUAACUCCCGCUUACAUGGAGUUCAGGGACGCCAGCGAGGGUAUGAGCUUUCAAAAAAGCAUGACCAUCAGAAACAUCGGAAAAGUUCCUGCAUACGUUAAAAUUUGUCAGCCGAAUUCAAUGGCCGUUAAAAUCAAGACGCUGAAAAGGAGCGUGAUGCUCAGUCCGGGCUUGGCUCUGGUUCGAACGGUCACGUAUUCUUUCAAAAGGCCCGCUCUACUUCGCGCGACCAUCCCCAUCGAGAUAAAUCAUCAUCCGAUCGAUUAUCGCAUUAUUUGUUCGCUCAGUACCGAGUAUAUUAGCAUCAAUCCUGGCGCUGUUGAUUUUCGUAUCGUCGAUAUUGGCUGCUCUUCGAGCACCGAGAUUAUAACGAUAUCGAACGUCGGUGGCAAGAGCACGAGAUUUACCAUUGACUUGGGGAAGAAUGAUCUGGAAGUGACUGUAAAACCUCAUCGCGGAAUAGUCCGACCGCGAUCGAGCGUCAAGCUUCACGUCGAGAUGAUUGGAUUGGCUGAGGGAACUUUUUACAGCGAAUUUUGGACAUCGACGCGAAGAGCCAUCCGGCUUACGGCGUCUUCGAGAUAAAACCGGUGGAAGGUCGUUUGGAACCCUUCGAAGGAACCAUUUUUGUUAUCGAGUAAUUACCAUUCAUCAGUCCCAUUUUCGGUCUGUCGCUUUUGUUUCUCUCAUCUACUCCAACUACUGUUCAGA